UAUAGAUCCGCCUUCUCUCCUUUCCUCGCUCUUCUUUCUUCUCCGUUUUCAUCUCUGGCCAUGGCGGUCAGAGUUCUGUUAGGGUUUUUAACCAUCCUUUUUCUCUCCAAUCUCUCCACUGCUCUAUAUGAGGAUCAAGUGGGGCUCGCCGAUUGGCAUCAAAAAUACAUUGGGAAAGUGAAACAGGCCAUUUUCCAGACUCAGAAGGCAGGGAGAAAGCGAGUAGUAGUCUCUACAGAGGAGAACAUAAUUGCGUCUCUUGAUCUUCGCAGGGGCGAUAUAUUUUGGCGACAUGUCCUCGGAAAGAAUGAUCCUGUGGGCCAAAUUGAUAUAGCUCUUGGGAAAUAUGUUGUUACACUCUCAUCAGAAGGAAGCAUGUUGAGGGCAUGGAAUCUUCCUGAUGGUCUGUUGAUCUGGGAGUCCAUUCUUCAAGUUUCGACAUCGUCAAAGCCUUUGUUAUAUGUGCCGACAGGUAGCAUCAUUGAGAAAGAGAUUCUCAUCUUUGUUUUUGGAGGAGGAUCCCUUCAUGCUAUAUCAAGCAAAGAUGGGCAAAUUGUUUGGAAGAAAGAAUUUUCAUCUGAAGGCCUAGAGAUUCAGCGAGUUUUUCAGCCUGAUGGCAGUGAGAUCAUAUAUGUUGUUGGAUUCCUUGGUUCUUCCCAGUUUGUAACUUAUCAUGUCAGUGCUAAAAGCGGGGAACUUCUUAAGCAUAGUGUUGAUUCCUUUACUAAUGGUUUUAGUGGUGAAACAUCACUUGUUUCAAAUGACAUGCUGGUGGCGUUGGAUGCUAGUAGAUCUACUGUAGUGUCAAUUGGCUUCCAAGGCGGAGUUAUAAAUUUUCAUGAGACACAUAUCUCAGACCUAGUUCAGGGUUUCUCUGGGAAGGCUGAAUUAUUGCCUUCGAAGUUUAGUGGACUGUUUGCUUUGAAAACCGAUUUAUGUACAGUACUGGUAGAAGCCAAGGGCUUGAGUCAGCUGAACUUGAUAGAUAAAAUUGACUAUCCAGUGGCUCUCAGUGAUGCUGUCUCACUUUCUGGUCAUCAAGCUUUUGCUAUUGUGCAAAAUGCAGAAUCAAAAGUCCAUAUCAGAGUUAAACUUGAUAAUGAAUUGACAAAUGAGGUUCUUAAAGAAACUGUUGCAAUAGACCAUCAACGAGGACGCGUUCAUAAAGUCUUUAUAAAUAAUUAUCUUCGAACAGACAGAUCACAUGGAUUUCGGGCCUUGUUUGUCAUGGAAGACCAUUCACUGUUAUUGGUGCAACAAGGUGAAAUUGUUUGGAGUAGAGAAGAUGGGCUUGCAUCGGUUAUAGAUUCAACCACGUCUGAGCUACCAGUUGAGAAGGAUGGAGUGUCAGUGGCAAAGGUGGAGCACAGCCUAUUUGAAUGGCUCCAGGGGCACCUGCUGAAACUCAAAGGCACUCUCAUGCUUGCAAGUCCUGAUGACCUGGCUGCUAUACAAGGGAUGAGAUUAAAGAAUUCUGAGAAAAAUAAGAUGACACGUGACCAUAAUGGAUUCAGAAAGCUUAUAAUAGUACUAACUAGGGCUGGAAAAGUUUUGGCACUGCACACUGGAGAUGGACGAAUUGUAUGGUCGGUUUUACUUCCUUCACUUCGUAAAUCAGAAAGCUGCCCAAAUCCAUCUGCAUUAAAUCUCUACCAGUGGCAGGUUCCUCAUCAUCAUGCAAUGGAUGAGAAUCCAUCUGUUCUUGUAGUUGGACGCUGUGGAAUUAGUUCUGAUGCACAGGGUGUUAUCUCUGUUAUUGAUUCCUACACCGGGAAAGAACGCAGCUCUCAAAAGCUUGGUCAUUCCAUUCUUCAAGUCAUCCCAUUAUCCUUUACUGAUUCUAGAGAACAGAGGCUUCAUCUUAUCGUGGAUGCCAACCAUCGUGCACACUUGUACCCCAGGACUGAAGAAUCUAUCAACAUUAUUCUUCCUGAGAUAUCGAAUAUUUUUUGGUACUCAGUUGAUAGAAAACAGGGGGUUAUUAGAGGGCACACAUAUCAGGGUAAAUGUAACCUUGAUGUAUCUGAUGACUAUUGCUUUGACACUAAACAAUUGUGGUCUAUAGUACUUCCUACUGAGUCGGAGAAAAUUUCUACAAUUGCGGCAAGAAAGAUGAAUGAGGUUGUUCAUACACAGGCAAAGGGUAUAGCAGAUCAGGAUGUUAUAUAUAAAUAUAUAUCAAGAAAUUUACUUUUUGUAGCUACUGUUUCUCCUAAAGCUGCUGGAGAGAUUGGAUCAGCGACACCAGAAGAAGCUUGGCUAGUUGCAUAUCUUAUUGAUGCUGUUACCGGUCGAGUACUCCACCGUGUCACCCACCAAGGUGCACAAGGACCUAUCCAUGCUGUUGUAAGUGAGAACUGGGUUGUCUAUCACUACUUCAAUCUCAGAGCACACAGAUAUGAGAUGUCUGUUAUAGAAAUCUACGAUCAGUCUCGGGCUGACAACAAAGAUGUUUUGAAGCUUAUACUGGGUAAACAUAACUUGACAUCACCGUUCUCUUCGUAUUCUCGACCUGAGGUGAUGGUGAAAAGUCAGUCAUACUUCUUUACUCAUUCUGUGAAAGCAAUAGCAGUGACAUCAACAGCCAAGGGUAUAACUUCCAAGCAACUUCUUCUUGGGACUGUCGGCGAUCAGGUUCUUGCACUUGACAAGCGUUAUCUUGAUCCUCGUCGUACUGCCAACCCGACACAGGCAGAAAAGGAAGAAGGAAUUAUACCUUUAACAGAUUCAUUGCCAAUCAUUCCCCAGUCAUAUGUGACACACUCUCUUCAAGUAGAAGACCUCCGAGGCAUUGUAACCUUCCCUGCUAAGCUUGAAUCUACUGCUCUUGUCUUCACGUACGGAGUAGAUCUCUUUUUUACCAGAAUCGCUCCGUCAAGAACAUACGAUUCACUUACAGAAGAUUUCAGCUAUGCUUUGCUCCUCAUCACCAUCAUCGCUCUAGUUGUUGCUAUUUUUGUGACCUGGGGUUUGUCUGAGAGAAAGGAGUUGAGAGAGAAGUGGAGGUAGUAUUUCUGUUUGCUUCCAUUUUCCUGAAGAACUUUUUGUAACCCAACAGUCACACUUUAGGUUGCUUUUCUCUCUGUAAUUUUUGGUAGAUUCUUCUCUAAAUAUUGUAACACUAGCAAUUGUAUUAUUUGACUGAAAUUCUUACACAGUGGUGUAGCCUUACAUUGUUUUUCUCCGCUUUGUAUCUGCUGAAAAGGAUUUUCCGAUUUUGAGUACUA